AUGUUUGGUAAAAUUCCAGCAAGUCUUGGAAGCUGUGUAAAGUUAGAAUUUUUAGACAUAAGAAGAAACCUCUUCCAAGGGAUCAUUCUUCCAUCUUUGGGAUCAUUAAGAGGCCUUCAAGAAUUAGAUCUUUCUAACAAUAAUUUGUCAGGCCAAAUUCCAAACUUUUUGGAGCACUUUGUCUACUUGAAAUUUCUAAAUUUAUCUCACAACCAUUUUGAGGGUGAGGUGCCAAUAGAAGGAAUUUUGAAGAACAAAAGUGAAACCUUCAUUAUGGGAAAUGAUAAGUUCUGUGGGGGUAUUCCUAAAUUUCAACUUCCUAAAUGCAAACAUGAAAAAUCCAAGAAGAGUGUUGACUAUAGAGGUCAUGAUUUUAAGGCAUUGGUAUAUGAGUUCACGAAAAAUGGUAACCUAGAAGAAUGGUUGCAUCCAACACCAAGAGUAGAUGAUGCUCAUGAGGAGAAAAGGAAUUUGAGUAUUUUUAAUAGAUUGAAUAUCGCCAUUGAUGUUGCUAAUGCAUUGGAUUAUCUUCACAAUCAUUGCCAAACACCCAUUGUUCAUUGCGACCUCAAGCCUAGCUAUGUUCUUCUCAAUGAUGAAUUGAUUGGACAUGUAGGUGAGAUUCCUUCUCAAUGA